AUGUCUGACAAAGUUUUCCCUGCCUCCAGACCAGCGCCAACCGCUGCUCCCGCCGUUAAUGGAACAUCAGCCAACCACAAAUCCAAUUUCUACAAUCCCAUGGCUCGUCCGCCUUAUAGACCGCAGCCUCAUCACCCUCGUCACCAGCACCGCCGUAGUCUUCGCGCCAUCGCUGGUACUGCUCUCUACGUUCUGUACCAUCCUCGGCGUCCUGAUUUCUCCAUCCCUUCCCUCCGCAUUCACCGCUUAAAUCUCACCACAUCCGCUGACUCCUCUUCAUCUCACCUCUCCUCUUUUCACCUCACACUCAUCUCCAAAAAUCCUAACUCGCAUCUCUCCUUCUCUUAUGAUCCUUUUGUUAUCUCCUGCUUCUCCAGCACCACCGGCGUUUUCCUCGGCAACGGUACUGUUCCGGCUUUCGUGAGUGCGCAGAAGAAUCAGACGUCGUUUAGGGCGGUUGUUAUCGCGUCGUCGGCUGGAGAUCUGGACGCGGAGUCUGUGACUAAUUUGAGAUCAGAUCUGAAGAGAAAAUCUGGAGUGAGCUUGAAAAUUCAGAUGGAUACCAGAGUGAAAGUCAAAAUUGGUGGACUCAAGGCUAAGAAAGUUGGAAUCCGAGUGAGCUGCGACGGCAUUAAAGGCGCCGUACCUAAAGGUAAAACACCUGUGGUGGCUUCAACUGUUGACUCUAAGUGUAAGGUUGAUCUGAGAGUCAAGAUCUGGAAAUGGACCUUUUGAUCAUCCUCAUCGCCAUUAAUUUUUUCUGUCUUGAGUUUCUUCUUUUAGCCUUUCUUUUUUUUUUUUUUUUUGGGGUUUGUACGUAAAACUUUUCAUCAACACAUGGGAUCCGAGAAUUUAAGAUUUAUCAAAGUUAGAAAUUUAGGGAA